AUGAUAAUCCAAUCUCAAAAUGUGAAAACAGUUUUGGAGACAACUUUAAAACCAGUUCAUAUAGAUUACCUUUCAUUUGAUUCCGAUCCAUUACAAUCUUCCAUAUUACUGUCCGCCACAAAUGGUGCAGUACUUUCAUUCGCAGCUUCAAACUCAUCAGCAUCGAGUGAAGUGCAUUCUUUAAAUAACUUAAAGAUGAUGGGCUUACUGAUAAGAGACAAAUGGUCCGAAGAUGAACAAGAGCAACGAUUACAGUCUCGUUAUACACAUUCAAUUACCGUGAAUAACGAAACUGUAACGACAAACAUCUACACGUAUGAAAUUGAAGAUCUACAUGCUUGUACGGCUCAAAUUCCUCAAUCUGGUCUUCUAUUACUGUUUAUCGCAGAUGUUGGUUUCCCCUACGGACUUCUCGUGAUGAAGAUGAAAGGUGCACUCGAGGCAUUUAAGGAUAUGUAUGGAUUCCAACUAUCAUGA